AUGGGCCAAAUCCUGCGGCUCCUCUGCCUCCUCCUGCUCCUCAACUCCUGCCCCUGCGCCGUCAUCACCGGGGCCUGCGAGCGGGACCCUCAGUGCGGCAGCGGGACCUGCUGUGCCGUCAGCCUCUGGCUGAGGGGGCUGCGGGUCUGCACCCCCCUGGGCCAGGAGGGGGACGAGUGUCACCCCUCCAGUCACAAGGUGCCGUUCUUUGGGAAGCGCCAGCACCACACCUGCCCCUGUUUGCCCCACCUCAUGUGCUCCAGGUUCCUCGACAGCCGCUUCCGCUGCUCCGCCGACCUCAAAAACAUCCAUUUUUAA